UGGUACCGUACCUUGUUGGGCAGUUUGGCAUCACUGUACUUUUAGGCGUUGAAGACCUCCGACCGAAGCACAACAAAUUUUUGUGUUUAUGCUAGUGAAUUUGUGCCAAAUUCUUACAUGUGGGCGCUGCUCUUUGCAUAGUUGAGAGCACGUUUUGGUCUGGACCUUGUGACCGUGCUACCGCCGGUGAAACUUCAAUUGUGCUGCACGAAAGGAUAAUCUCCGACGGCGGCUGUCUACUGACGAAGUGGUCGUUUCACUCAAGAUGGUUGAUGGAUAUAUCAGCUCUAUUUAAAUCUUCUGUCUCUUGGUUUAAACGAAAACCGACGAGAAACUUUAUCGAUUACCCAGCAUUGCAGACUUUGCUCCUAAAAAAGAUGGGUGUCAGAUGACAUGAAGAUUUGUGAAUUUGAAAUGAUUGAUUCACACCACAGAUGGCUGCACCAAGAAACCUUGUACUACGACUCGACAUCGAGUCGCAGAAGUCCUUGGAUUUGAUAUUUAAAUUUAUUUACCUGCUGUGGCUGUCCUAAUGGAAUGGUUCUUGGAAAGGGGAAGGCGGUAUCUCCGCUCUUAAGCAUGGCUGAACCUGUCAAAAAGAGACUGAGAGUGGCAGGCAAAGAUGAAGCGGAGGAAGAAGAAUCGGCAUCUCACGACCUUAUGGAAUUUCAACAAAAUCUCCUGAAUCAAUGUCUAUGCUGUAUGUCUGAAAGCAGCCUGCGGCGGCCAUUUAGAGACAAACCAUCUGAUACAUCCUGGACUCGUGACCGUAUCCUUCAAUUUGUUGGCUCAAUUCAAUUACUCUGUGAAAUAGCCAUGAAGCAAACGUCACGAGGGUUUGUAUGUGCUAGAAUUGGGGAUGUGGUUGAAGCCUUGACCAGGAAUGAGCACGGUUUGAUUGACAGACUUGUGGAGCUGUCAUCUCACUCUGACCGCUUUGUUUGUUUUGCUGCAAGUCGUGCAUUAUCAGGAUUCCUGUUAGUGUCCAAAUCAAAUGUUGAUCCAUACUGGCUUCAAAACCUUGCAGAAAAUGCCCUGUCAACCACACAGCCACGACAGAUGUGUUUUUCUUUGGAUGUGAUACGGAGAAUUGUUGAGUAUAAAGAAAAUGAUGGACAUGUUCUUGAAGAAAGGGGUGGCGCAGAAGACAAACCUCCGGAAUCCUGCAAUGUAUUGAUGACAGACCCAGAAGCUGAUUGUAGUCAGGUCAAAAGUGUGUGUGUUAAAGUUUUGGAGGCAAAAUGGCCUGCCCUUGUCACUAAAUUUGAUUCCCUUGUGUCCACCUAUACUUCUGAACAUGAAGCAACUGUGGUGACUUUUCUAGAGCUCUGGGAAGCUCUCAUAUCUGUGAAAGCAAACCUUUCUGUGGCUGACACUAAGCCAUUUUAUGCUCACCUGGAUAAUGUAGUGACACUACUAGCUCCAAGUGUUCCCCCUGUAGUUUGGAAAUCUAUUUUAAAUCUUCUCAACGAGGUCCUGUGUUAUGGGAGCACCCUCGCAUUACAGGAUGUGCUGGCAGAAGAGCCGUGUGCGCUGGCACAUCUUGUGGUGCGAGGGGUGAAAGAUUCGCGCCUGCUGGACGGGCUGCCAUAUCGUGGAGGAUCGGGCCGCUUUGGUGGAGGUGUUGGUGAUGGAGACAAACCACUACUGAAAAAGAUGGUGCUUCUUGUUUUGAAAGCUGUAGCUGUGACAGUGAAAGAAACUCGUUGUGAUUCAAGUGACAGUUCACUGAGCUCCGACGCAGAUGAAGCUGAUGCUGACAUGGCUCUCAUUGAACGCAGCAUUCGUGAAGUCCUCCGAAAAUUGGAUCAAUGUGUCAAGGCUUUAGUGCCCUUCCAUCCAGAAACUCCUGUAGCUCAGUGGGUGGUGCAAUUAUUUGCUGACCAGGAUGAUGCUCUCAUUGAAAGUAUGGUCUGUUGCCUGGAUACUGCAGUUGGUUUGGUUUACAGGGACUCAGUGGCUCAAACUGACACAACGUUAAGACGCGUUUUAAGUCCUGCUGCCACUUUUAUUCAGUUUGUUCGUGCUGUCUCUCAUGAACCAGACGUCCUUCUUGAUUUAUUGGUCUCAAAUGAGACGUGUUUUCUUCUAUAUUUACUCCGAACUUUGAAAUUCGUUCGUAGAAAUUGGGAAGAGUUUAUUCAUGAAUGUGGGGGAGAACUGGAUGAUGUUAUGACCGUCCUAAUUAGACUUAGACUAGCAAUAGAUCGUCUUGUCUCAAAGGACCUAUUUCCAUAUAACAUUGGUCCUGUGCUAAGAUUACUUGAAAAGUGUGAAAACAUGUAUGAGGGUAAUACUCAAUAGGUUAAAUAAUGUACUUCAUGUGGUGGAUAAGUUUGUGUUCAGUUCCAGUGGAAGUUUGCAACAUUUUCAUUGACUCAAGAAGCUCGACAUGAACUCCAUAGAGGCCUCUCACUUCCUUAAGACUUAAGAUAUAUUUGAACUCAACUUGGAACUGAUAUACUUUAUUUCCUAAAUAUUUGAAAUUUUUUAUACUGUGAUCAAGAAAUCCUGUAUACAUUUACAUUAAAACCCACUAUUUAGCGUAGCUGUCACUUCGUUUCUCAUGCAAUUUUUUUGUCAUGUGAAUGCAAGCAAGAUGUGCCUUCCACGGAGCUAGUUAAACUCUGUUUGUAAUGUACCGUAGGACCAAGCACAAACAUAUGUCUACUGCUCAAAAUUUGGUGCCUUAGUUCAUGUUUUUCAAGCCAAUGUUAUUGUUAAGAGAAUAUGUUUAAAAUUCAACAUUGUAAUUAUUCCUGUUAUCAGGGGAUGAGUGAUGUUUGAGUGGAAGCAGUUGGGUCAUCCCUACAGAAGUCUCUGACAUAGCAGCCUUUUUUCUAACUCAACUUUUGGUUCCUCUCUAUCCUGUUUUGUCUAUUAGACAUCGGGUUCAUUUGAACAUAAGCCUAGAUUGCUUUAAGUGCUUCCGUACUGUUGAAAUUUUAUUUUGAUAAUAAUGCUCAACCAAGUAUACCCUUUUGUUAAUUAAAUGAAUUGUUAGUACUGUUAAUAUCUUCCAUUAGGUUUUGUUAGGUUUAAUUAAUGAUGGAAUUAUUUUGUUUUGAAAGGGUUAGUGACUCUUUUACAUCCUACUCAAUUCCUCUGUAUAGAAAUAUUUAUGUGUGAGAAAGUUAUAUUUUUUGUAAUGAGAUUGUAGGCAAGUUAUUUAUGUUUUGUACAUUUUAGAGAGUAGGUCAAAUAUUUAUGAGAUGUUGUGCAGGUUAAUCUGCAGUUAUUGCAGUACGUCUGCACUUAAGCAUAUGUGCAUUGUGUACCAGUUACCCCAUUGCCUCACAAGUAUCAAGUGAGAAUAAAAACUCUUCUGAAUCUUGAA